AUGAUCGAUGACAGUGUCACACCAGUGGUCCAGAAACAGAGACGGAUACCAGUCAAUCUCUCAGACCGGGCAGAAAGCAAGAUCCAAGACCUCCUGGACCAAGACAUCAUAGAACGAGUUCCAGAUAACCAGCCACGCAGUUGGGUCAGCCCUCCGGUAAUUGCUCCCAAACCUGAUUCCAACGACAUUCGUUUCUGCAUCGAUAUGCGCAUGGCCAACAAAGCCAUACAACGCCCGUAUACGCAGAUAGCAACAAUGGCUGAUGUUGUAAACAAAUUUCAAGGAGCAGAACGCUUCACUAAACUGGACCUCAAAGAAGCAUACCACUAG